CGGUCUAACAUCAAAGAUGGCGGGAGCCUCCGACCCACUGGAGGACAUGCUCUUCAAUGAGGUGGAUGAGAAAGCAGUUAGCGACUUAGUUGGCUCUCUGGAAUCACAGCUCGGCGACAGAAAGGCUCCCGCUGCUUCUUAUUCCGACGGGAAACGGGAGGGAGCUCCGUCGGCUGCCGGUCAGUUCUCAGGGAAAGUGCGCGAUCAAGUGGGGUCUCUGGAGCAGCCGCAACAAGGACAUCCAAAAGCGGGGUUAACCCGGGAGCCCGGCGCUAAUGAGCCCGGCAAAGCCCUCACCUCCUCUACCUCCUCUGUCGCCACCGGGGCCGUGAUCACCGCCGGAGCUAGUCUACAAACAGUUGGAGCAUCUCCUCCCACUAUCUCCCCGGUACCGGGACCCGUAACUUUGACCACUCAGCCCGCCGCUGCUAGCUUCCACCGGGCUGCCGUCCUGGGUCCGAGCGCGGCUCCCAGCACUAACAUCGCCCCCGCGGCGGAGGCUAUCAGGACCGCUUCUCCCGGAUUACAAAGUUUAAACGGCAGCGCUGGAGCUGUAAAGUUGGUGAACUCGCCCGCGGUCCCUCCACAAACCGGGGCCAGCACGGUUAUAAGUACUGUCAGUGCCGGGGGCUCCGCGAUCAUCGCCCCCAUGGCUUCACAGCCUAACUUCCCCCAGCCCUCAGUGGCGUCUCCCGCUGUAACUCUGCAGAGGCACCCCAGCCCGGUGGCCCAGAAUGGAGUGGACCCCAAGGGUGCCCAGCUGGUGACCCAGGGUGCGCCCUCUCCGUCAGCCUCCAGCCCUCAGGUCGUGAACCACAGCACCCCUCUGAUGCACACCAAGAUGUUGGUGCCCAGCCAGCCUGUCUCUGGAAACUCUGUCAUCCUGGCCAGCACCCCUCCGCCCGCUGCAGCCCAGUCCCCCAUCAGCCAGGCUGGGACCAGUACUGCUGCGGUCACCCUGAAGCCUACAGUGAACGGGGUAGCCGUGGUGAGGCCGCCGGUACCGGGUGCCCCUGUGGUGGCCACCUCCAUCCAGCAGCAGAGACCCGGGCUGGUGGCGACCUCCACCCGGGCGGCAGCUCCUCAGCAGCCGCUGGCUGUCCGGCCUCAGCAGCAGACCACCAUCCAGCUGCCCCCUGGCUUCUCUAUGCCCCCCGGUAUGGUCCUGGUGCGGACGGAGACGGGUCAGCUGGUGAUGGUGCCUCAGCAGGUUCUCGCCCAGGCUCAGGCCAAGACGCAGCAGGGACAAGCGGUGGCCAACAUCACACAGAGACCCGCCACGCCGACAGCUGGGACCACCAUCCGGGUCAGCACCGCCACCACGGCUCCUCAGACCGUCCGCCUGGCGACCCCCACUCAGACGAGAAUGGUUCAGCCUCCCUCCACCACCACCGUACAGAAGGCCAUCACAGUGGCCCCCGGCGGUGCAGCGGUGUCGGUGAAGAUGACCCCGCCUCAGAAGGCCCAGACGGUGAUUACAGCUGGGGGGACGCCUGUGGCCAAACCCGCCAGUGUCCCGUCCACCCCCCUGACCAGCACCACGCCUGCUCCGACCCCCACGCCCCCUGCCAGAGUCACCGUUGUGUCACAGGAGAUGCAGGAAAACGUGAAGAAGUGUAAGAACUUCCUCGCCACGCUCAUCAAGCUGGCAUCCCACAACUCGCCCUCCCCAGAUACCUCCAAGAAUGUGAAGGCCCUGGUGCAGGACCUGCUUGAUGCAAAGAUUGAGCCUGAGGAGUUCACCACUCGGCUGCAGGCUGAGCUGAAGUCCUCUCCACAGCCCUACCUCAUCCCCUUCCUCAAGAAAAGCCUCCCCGCUCUGCGUCAGUCUCUGCUCAACAGCCAGCAGUCUCUGGUGACCCCCAGCACCUCGGCGCCCCCACCUGUUGCCCCCGGCUCCGUCACCACCGCCACCAUCAGGCCGCGGCUGCCCAUCAGUCCGGCCGGCAGCACCGUCAGACUCAACGCACCCAUCACAAACACUCUGGCUGUGGGCAGAGCAGGAGUCCAGACGGUUCAGACUCGUACGCCUGUAGUCUUCAGUCAGACUCUCAGAACUCCAGGUACACUUGUCAGAGGACCCACAACUAUAAUUGGCAAAAGUCCUGUGAACCUGGCAGCUCAGGCCAAUCAGAGGAAGCUGAGCGACCCGGGGGGCGGGACAUUCAGAGAUGACGACGACAUCAACGACGUGGCGUCCAUGGCCGGCGUCAACCUUAACGAGGAAAAUGCCCGCAUCCUAGCAACCAGCUCGGAGCUCGUGGGCACGAAGAUCCGCUCCUGUAAAGACGAGGCCUUCCUGCCCACCGGCCUGCUGCACCGCCGCAUCCUGGACACAGCUAAGAAGCUGGGCGUGAGCGAGGUGCCUCUGGAGGUGGUGAACCUCAUCUCCCACGCCACCCAGUCCAGAUUGCGCUCCCUGCUGGAGAAGGUUUCAGCCGUCGCUCAGCACCGCACGGACGGAGGGAAGGAUGAAGAGAAUCACGAACAGACGUCAGACGUUCGCUCGCAGCUUCGUUUCUUCGAGCAGCUGGAGAGGAUGGAGAAACAGAGGAAAGACGAACAAGAGAGAGAGAUUCUGCUCAAGGCUGCCAAGAGUCGUGCCAGACAAGAGGAUCCUGAACAGGCUCGUCUGAAGCAGAAAGCUAAAGAGAUGCAGCAGCAGGAGUUGGCUCAGAUGAGACAACGAGACGCCAACCUAACGGCUCUCGCUGCCAUCGGGCCUCGCAAGAAACGCAAGCUGGACUCACCGGGAGGCUCCACGUCCGGCACAGAGGUGGCUUCAGGCUCGGGUGCAGGCUCCUCUUCGGCCGCCUCGUCCCGGCAGCAGCUUCGUCAGCGGAUCACACGAGUUAACCUCAGGGACUUCAUCUUCUGUCUGGAGCAGGACCGCUCCACCGCUCGCUCUCUAAUGCUCUACAAGGCGCUGCUGAAAUGAGGAGUCCCUCCUGGAGGAGCACUCGGCCCACUGCAGAUCACAAACUGGAUUACACUUCAACCUCCGGUCCUCAUGUCCUCAUGUCCUCAGAGGUGUUUCACACUCCCUCUGUCAGUCCCUGCAGCAUCUUUCAACCUUCACUUUGUCCUCUUUCACCUGAACCGCCACUUCUACAACUUCUCUGAAAAGUCUCAUCUUCAGCUCCUUCAGGUGUCUUCUGUCAGGCUGCACAUCACUCUCACCUCCGUGUUUGUUAAAGAGAACUCCAUUGAUUUAACGUUAAAGUCCAGGUCACAGCAGGAAGUGCAGCAGUAGAAUUAAUAUUUGGCUCUGAAUGAGUUUCUAAAUUAGGUUUUUGACACCUCUGUUGUUUCUUGUUGAGGCUGACAUGAACAUUUUUCCCCACUUGGCUGCUCGUUAUGGUUUAAAGGGUUAGUUCAGAUUUUUUAAAGUGGGGUUGUAUGGGGUACUUACCCAUAGUCAGUAUAUUACAUACAGGAGAUGUAAGUCGGCACGCUCCAGUUUAGAGAAGCAGGCUGGAGUCUGACACAGAAGCUAAAGAAUGUACUGCUGUGGAGGGGUCAGCAACAAAACAUUUAAGACGCCUAAAAAA